CAAUAUCUGCAAAGCAUAAGGAUCUUGAUAGGAACUCAAGACUACCACCAAACACUUUUCUGUCUGGACUAAACUAAGACAACCAUGGCAGCAAGACGAAGUGGAGCUGCAUAUUAUCAGCAGAGUGUAGCUCAGUGCUUUCUGCUGUGUUGCUGUAUUUUUGUUAAUCCAGGGAUUGGAUAUUCACUAAAAAACUGCACAGUCCGUGAAACUCUUGAUGAUCCUAACAUGAAAGUAGUCUGUACUAUGAGGAAACUCCAAGCCAUACCUGAUGACAUUCCGCAAAAAGUUAGAACGUUGGAUAUUUCCUGCAAUAAUAUUGCACUUAUCAAGAAGUCGGAUUUUAAAGAUCUUAUGGUUGUUAACAUUUUAAACAUGUCCAGCAACCAGAUAUGUUUUGUAGAGGGUGGAGCUUUUUUGGACCUGGUGACUCUAAAGGAGUUGAACCUAGCCGACAACAAACUCACCACUCUCACAGAAGAUUUGUUUCUUGGUUUGGGCAACCUCUCAGUUCUUCGAUUAGACAACAACCUCAUCAAAACUAUUGCAUCCUUGUCCUUUCAUUGUCUCUCCAAUUUACAGAAGCUGAAUUUGACCAGAAACCGACUGAAGUUUUUGAAGGAUAUUCAUCCCAUCUUACAAUUUACCAACUUGCAGGAGUUAUUCAUUGGGUUUAACAGAUUUACCACUUUCCAGUCGCAGGAAAUAUCAAACACAUCCAUGGGCCUGCAAGUUUUGGAUGUGUCCAGCAAUCCACUGGGAGUCUUCAGAAUCACAGGUGAUGUUCUUCCUCACCUUCAGACAUUAAACCUGUCCUUCUCUGGUCCAAAUGGAAGCCUGGAAUGGGAUGUGCUGAAUAGUUCUUUCCUGAGCAGCGUGUCCAUUCUUAACUUGAAUGGUGUCAACAUGUCUUCGGAUUGGGUCGAUAUGGUGUUGCAGAGCUUUAACUCUUCAUUAAAACAACUAACACUGUAUAAUAUAGGAGAAGAGAGAAUCAAGACCUUUACAGAUGCUGCUUGCCGUAUUCCUAAGUUGAGGGUGCUCCGAUUGCUUCAAAGUAAUAUUUUGUUUGUCUCUGAAGAGAUGCUGCAGUCUUGCAACAAGCUGACUGAGCUGGACCUAUCAAACAAUCUUCUUACGGAACUUUCUAACUCUUCAUUCAAAUCAAUGACGCAGCUGGAUACUCUAAAUCUGGGCAAAAACAGGCUUUCUUCUGUGCCAAAUGUCAUCAGGAAUCUCCAAUCUCUACACCAACUGGAUCUUAGCGUCAAUAACAUCAAUAAACUACACUGCUCUGAUUUUGUCAAUCUGACAGGACUCUCAAUACUCCAUAUUUACCACAAUAAAAUUCCCAACAUUGAAGGCUGUGUUUUUCAACAUUUAAGGGACUUGAAGGUCUUGAAUAUUGGAACAAAUAAAUUCCUGACUUUGGCUGGUGCUUUCAAGAAUGGUUUUCAACAACAACUAGAAAUCUUGGAUUUGCGAGGUGGUUUAUUAGAAACUCUCUCUAAUGGAGAUUUUAAAGGCUUGACAUCCCUUCAAUCCUUGGUUAUGUACAACAAUAAAAUUUCCGUUAUUGAAAAUGGAGCAUUUGAGGGACUGGGCAACCUCAUCAACCUUCAUCUGGCAUCAAAUAAAAUCACUCGAGUUCUCACAGGGGACACUUUCAAAGGACUAACAAAGUUAAAAGAACUAAAUUUAUCCUCCAAUCGUAUUAGUUAUGAAACCCAAGGUGAACUCAACUAUCCACCCUUCUGUCUUCUCUCAUCUCUAGAGAUUCUGAUAAUCUUCAGUCAGCAUCCUGCAGGAAUGAUUUAUCUGCCAUCCAACUUUCUCAAAGGUCUGAAAUCUUUAUUGGUUUUCAAUGCAAAGAAUCUUAACAUUAGGUCCCUUCACCCUAACACAUUCAUCUACACUCCCAAAUUGUUGUCACUUGACAUUAGCCUGAAUGAAUUCAGAGUUCUCAGUCCUGAGCCUUUUCUUCCUGUCCCUAGACUUAAUCAACUCUUCCUGUCCAAAGCCCAACUUCCAUCUUUAGAUUUUCUCAUAGGAGCCAACCUCACUCAGCUUAGUUUAUUGAAAGUAACAAAUAAUGCUUUGACUGCAAUCAGUCCGGAGGAGAUUACGUCUAUUCCUGCCUUGAGUUACAUUGAACUAAAAUACAAUGCUUUCAUUUGUGACUGCAGCAAUUCCUGGUUUAUCAACUGGCUAAAAGAAAGCAAUAAAAUCCAAGUUGUUUAUGCCUACGAUUAUGAAUGUAAGAACCCAGUUGUCCCAAAAGAUACUAAAUUGUUAGAGCUUGACACCAAUUACUGUUCAAUAAGCUUCCUUUGUUUCAUCUCCACCACUUGUGUGGUCCUUUUCACACUGAUAGUCUCCUAUACAUACCAUCUCCUGAGAUGGCAGGUGGUUUAUGCCUACUACCUUUUCCUGGCUUAUCUCCACGAUACCAAGAGGAGGAAGACUUGUGCACCUCAUAAAGGCCAGUAUGAUGCCUUUAUCUCCUACAACGCCCACGAUGAGCCUUGGGUUCUGAGGGAGCUACUACCAAAGCUGGAGGGAGAGCAGGGCUGGAGGUUGUGUCUGCACCACCGGGACUUCCAGCCAGGCAAACCCAUCAUGGACAACAUCACAGACGCCAUCUACGGGUGCCGCAAGACCAUCUGCGUGAUAAGCCGCCGUUACCUGGAGAGCGAGUGGUGCUCCCGGGAGAUCCAGAUGGCCAACUUCCGUCUGUUGGAUGAACAGAAGGACGUCCUGAUCCUGGUGUUUCUGGAGGAUAUCCCAGCCCAGGAGCUUUCUCCCUACCACCGGAUGAGGAGACUGGUGAAGAAACGCACUUACUUGAGCUGGCCUAGAGCCGGGGAGCACCCAGGGGUUUUCUGGGAGAAACUCCGUUUGGCCCUAGAGACCAGAAACUGUACUGCUGAGGAGAACCCUCUCCUGUCUGGGGAGGAAAGGCCAUUAUAGUACACAUUCUUAAUUUCAAGUAAAUGGAUCAGAACCUGGAUUUAAAGAAAGUAGCAAUGCAAUUUAAGUUAAUUUUAGAUCAAAAUGUAUCAACCGCAUAGUUCUGCUUUUCUGCUCUAUUUUCAGAGUAUGACAACAUUACAGCCAUAUAAAACUGAGUUGGGCAAUUGUAUAAUGUUGA